UCGGGCACUUGGCCUGUGACCAAAGAUUCACUUGUGUAUAUCACAUCCAGCUUCAUCAAUGGACUCAAGUCGAGUUGAAGGAGGACUUAAUGUCACCUUAACCAUCACGUUACUCAUGUAUGGAAAGGAGGUUGGAAGUAUCAUUGGCAAGAAAGGAGAGUCAGUGAAGAAAAUGAGAGAAGAAAGUGGCGCCCACAUCAACAUCUCUGAUGGGAACUGUCCGGAGAGGAUCAUAACCCUGGCAGGACCCACCACCUCCAUUUUCAAAGCGUUCUCCAUGAUCAUAGAGAAACUGGAGGACAUCAGCACCUCAAUGACUAACAGUACAGCCACCAGCAAACCACCAGUCACCAUGCGCCUCGUUGUGCCUGCCAGCUAGUGCGGCACGCUCAUCGGCAAAGGGGGCGGCAAGAUCAAAGAAAUCAGAGAAUCAGCAGGAGCUGUCCAACUCAACAGAACGUGCCAUCACGGAAGAUUCGCAAUGGGAGACCCACUAUCCGCAAUAAUGAGCAGUUUUUUCCAUGGAGGACCUGGAAACCAAAGCCAUCAACACAGCACCCACUCUCUGUAA